AUGGCAAAGACCCCAGAAGAUGCUUCCUGUCUUGCUGCUCUGCCUCCUACCAGUGUCCAAUGGGAAAAGCUGCCUCCGGUGCUGGCCAGAGCUGCCUUCCCUGCUGGACUAUGACCUGCAGGUGCUCUGGGGCAGCCCAGGGCCACCCACAGAACUCUCACAAGUCCUACACUCCUUUUUCCUGGAGGAUAACACCUUACAAGCGCCCUGGUACCUUGCUCGAGACCAUUUGGAAGAAGAAACAGCUACAUUCUUCACCCAAUUAGACAAUGCCAUUAAGAAGCUGAGGGAUGAUAAGUCAGCACUUCUGGAAGAGAUCCGUGUUCAGAAAGGUCUGCUGGCUGAGAAGCUGAAGGACAGGUCCCAGGAGCUGAAGCAGAGGGACAUGCUUUCCCCAACGGAGGUCACUGUGUGUACUGACUGCCAGACGCACUUCCUGUCCUGCAACGACCCUAACUUCUGCACAGUCAAGGCCGUUCGGACCUACAAGUGGGCUGUGAUCCUCAUCAGCGUCCUGAUGUUCCUGGCUGCGGCAGGCAUCGGGGAAGAGACAGACAGUUCCCCCCUUCUGGACACGAACAGCUCUCAGAACAACAACCAGAACAGAUGGCAUCUGAACGUUAAGUCAUCUCUGACCCUGGUGACUCUCCCUCGCACCAGGCACUCCUCCCUGGGACCAGGAGAGCUCUGA